AGAUAUAGAGAAGAAUAUAGAGAAUCAAAAUACAUAAAUUGCUAUUUCUAAAAUCCCCCUUAUUAAAGCCCAAAGAACCUUGUGUCGAAGGUCGACGUUCCCCCCAGGCAAGGAGUUCCGCACAUUCUCAAAACUAAUUCGAGUGAACCGCGUAACUUCGUCUAUCCCAAGCUGGGUAGUCCAUUCCUUAACACAACGCCUGCGGGAGGCAGCACCAAUCCCUCGCCCAUACCCACUCUUGCGUCGGCUCCAGUGGCGGCAACAGGGGCGGCUAAACAAUUGGCUCAGACCUUCCAGCUUUCCGCUAAUUCCGCCUUCAAUCUUGCCCUACCGCCGAGCUUUUACCGCCUACCAGGCAGCCCCAGCAGUAGCAGCAACCACACCGAGCCACAGGCUGUCACGCACACGGACUGCUCGGGCCUGGACUACGGACACGAGCCGGAGAUGGAUCUGAUCAAUCCGUACAUGCGACACCACCAUGCCAUGGCCGCAGCGGACUACCAGCAGCAGCUAGCGGACUACCACAGUGCAGCAGCUGCGGCGGCGGUCUACGCGAACAACAACAACAACAACAGCAAUAGCAACAACCAUAACAGCAGUCCUCUGAUGCUACUGAAAGCUGCGGCCCAUGGUGGAGGCUUGAAGUCCUCUUCCGCUGAAGAUUCCCCAUCGACGACGCCGCCGCCCGCCUCAUCACGCCUUCAUUCAGAAUCGUCGCCCUCGCCACGUUACGAGCACAAUUCCAGUCCAGGCGUGGACAGCGCCAAGUCCUUCGCACUGAGCGGCGGCGAGGAGCAGUGCCAGAACAGCGAGUCCGCCAGUCCACCGCCGCCACUCGACUACAGCCCCGAGAACCUGACCAGUCGCGGCAAGCUGUACCACCACCACUCGGCCAAUCCGCUGGCCCUGCACAACCACAACCAUACACAUAGUGGGCAUCUCAACAACAACCACAGUGGACACUUCAACAACAACAACAACAAUAACAGCAUGAGCAUGGAGCACAAGCUGCCGCUCAGCUUCCUGGGGCCUCCGCUGGCGGCCCUCCACUCGAUGACCACGGAAAUGAAGACGACCCAAGGGGGGUCCGGAGUGGGAGCCAGCAGCGGUCCCUCCUCCGCUGGCAACGGACUCUCCUAUGGCCACAGUCCAAACGCCCAUCUAAUCAGCGAUCGCGGAUCGGGAUGCAGUUCUUCAUCGUCCUCCACCACGGCAACCACCACGAACAGCCAGGGAGCCCCCAAUCCACAUGGCAUCGAUACAAUUCUGUCAAAACCACCGCCGGUCACAUCGGCGGGUCUAAGUGCUUUAACAGGAGCUGGCAUUCCCCGCUUCUCUAUUGCGGCCGCUGCAGCGGGCAUGGCCCAGUAUCUAUCGCAGAGUCAGGGAGCGCCCCUGAAGACCCAUGCCGGCCACAUUGUGGACCGUACACACCUGUACUGGCCGGGACUGCAGGGACUGGUGGCCAACCCCAUAGCGUGGCGAGAGCGACUAUCCAAUACGAUGUCCGCCAAUCUAUCGCAGUCGCAUCAGCACCAUCAAUCGAACGACAAGGAUGGCAAGAAGAAACACACCCGCCCAACAUUCAGUGGUCAGCAGAUCUUUGCCCUGGAAAAAACAUUCGAGCAAACGAAAUAUCUGGCUGGACCAGAGCGUGCCAAGCUCGCGUAUGCCUUAGGAAUGUCCGAAUCGCAGGUUAAGGUUUGGUUCCAGAACCGUCGCACCAAAUGGCGCAAGCGGCAUGCGGCGGAAAUGGCCACGGCCAAGAGGAAACAGGACGAUUUGGGUGGCGAUAACGAUGGCGACUGCAGCGAGACCAUGGACAGCGACAACGAGAGCCUCGACAUGGGGGAGACCCCGGCCCAGAGCAAGAGAUGUCGCAGCAACAGCUCCUCCCAGCAGCAGCAGCAGGAUAAUUAUCGUCAUUAAAACGAAUUUACCCCCGGCAAUGGAAUGAAAUUAAAUGGAAUGAAAUAUACAAUACUUAAAAUAAUUUUCAAAUGCCAGCUAAUUAGCUAACAACCAAGCAAAAGGCAGCCACGCAGCCACGAAAGCAGCAGCAAAUAGCGAACAAAUUUCAACAAAGUUUUGUCUUAAUUUUAAGGUUUUGCCACUUUACCGUCUUCUGAAGACUUAUGCGAACAUAAUUUUCUCAUUUUCCCUCACUAUGUCUCACUAGUUUUCCCACUCUGUUUAUUA